UCAUGUUUGAAAUCAAGAAGAUCUGCUGCAUCGGUGCGGGUUAUGUCGGUGGGCCAACCUGUAGUGUUAUUGCACAGAUGUGUCCCAACAUCCAGGUUACCGUUGUGGAUGUCAACGAGGCCAGAAUCAACGCCUGGAAUUCGGAUGCGCUCCCCAUCUAUGAGCCAGGGUUAAAAGAAGUGGUAGAGUCCUGUCGCGGAAGAAACCUCUUCUUUUCCACCAGUAUUGACGAUGCCAUCAGGGAAGCUGAUCUUGUAUUUAUUUCUGUUAACACUCCCACCAAGACCUAUGGCAUGGGAAAAGGCAGAGCAGCUGAUCUCAAAUACAUCGAAGCCUGUGCUCGGCGGAUCGUGCAAAACUCAAAUGGCUAUAAAAUUGUCACUGAGAAAAGCACAGUUCCAGUGCGUGCUGCAGAGAGCAUUCGUCGAAUAUUUGAUGCCAAUACUAAGCCUAACUUGGAUUUGCAGGUGCUGUCUAACCCAGAGUUCCUCGCAGAAGGGACAGCCAUCAAGGACCUGAAGAACCCAGACCGAGUGCUUAUUGGUGGAGAUGAUUCCCCAGAGGGACAGAAAGCUGUCCGUGCUCUCUGUGCUGUUUAUGAGCACUGGGUGCCCAAAGAAAAAAUCCUCACAACCAACACCUGGUCAUCAGAACUUUCUAAACUGGCAGCUAAUGCUUUCCUUGCCCAAAGAAUCAGCAGCAUUAACUCCAUCAGUGCCCUGUGUGAAGCUACAGGGGCAGAUGUUGAAGAAGUAGCAAGAGCUAUUGGAACAGACCAAAGAAUUGGAAAUAAGUUUCUCAAAGCCAGUGUUGGGUUUGGAGGUAGCUGUUUUCAGAAGGAUGUUUUGAAUUUGGUGUACCUCUGUGAGGCGCUGAACUUACCUGAAGUAGCCCGCUACUGGCAACAG